CGCAUUGCCGAUGCCAAAUCCAGCCAGCUGAAUCGUCCGUGGAAAAAUGCACCCCGUUGCAUGAGUCAUCGAAACGCUGCAACCCGCCAUCUAUUGGCAUUUGAUUAGUAGCAGUCCGCUUCCAUCUCAAUUAUUUAGUGCAGUCUGUCCGCUCUUUCACAAAUCGUCCCUGGACCCCACCAUCCGCCCAACAAGGUAAGCGCACCAGGCCCCGCCUCCACCUGCCAACUCUAGCCAUGUCCGUCGAGGUGCACCCCCACAACCCCGCCUGGUCCUCCCAGUUCCUCGCAAUCAAAGAGCGACUGGAACGUCUCCUCAAGGACGUCCCAUACAAAAGCAUCGAGCACGUCGGCAGCACUUCCGUCCCCGGCCUCGUCGCAAAGCCCAUCAUCGACAUCGACAUCAUCGUCGCGCGCAACCAUGUACAAACUACCCUCGCCACGCUCACUGCCGCGGGCUUCACCGACAUGGGCGAACUCGGCAUCAAGGACAGAUGGUGCGUGAAGGAUCCCGAACAAGAGCCGAAGCGAAACGUAUAUGUCUGCGUGGAGGGUGCAAUCCAGACGCGGAACCAUCUCGCACUGCGGGAUACGCUGAGGCGCGAUGAGAAGCUGAGAAACCAUUACGCGCACGUGAAAUUGGGCCUUGCGGCCAAGGGGGUCGAUAUUGUGGAGUAUGUCGAGGGGAAGAGUGCGAUUAUCGAGAAGAUUCUGAGGGCGGCGGGGACUUUGAGUGAGGAGGACAUGGGGGCGGUUAGCAAGGCGAAUAAACGAGGUGAACGCAUCGGUGCGAUUAAGACGGAGAGGCUGGUGCUGAGAGAAUUCGUGUGGGGCGAUGUAGAGGCCUAUUUUGGGCUCGAAAGUAGGGAAGAGGUGGUUAGGUAUCAGAAUUGGGGACCGAGAACAAGGGAACAGGUGGGCGAGCAGGUUGCUGAGAUUGUGAAGGGUUCGGCGGCGGUGCCGAGGACGCAUUUCGAGCUUGCUGUAGAGCAUGAAGGGAGGUUCAUUGGACGUGUUGGGGCGAAGGUGAAAAAGGAUGGGAUCGCGCAUGCGGAUCUGUGGUUUUCGUUCUUACCGGAGUGUCAGGGGAGGGGAUUCGCGACAGAAGCCAUGAAGGCGUUCAUCCCAUUGCUGAGCGGUCCGUUGGAGCUGGAGAUCGAGUGCGAUCCCAGGAAUACUGGAAGCUGGAAGUUAGCAGAGCGCUUGGGUUUCGAACGGUUCGAGCUCACCGAAAAGGCCUUCGAGUGCAAAGGUGAAUGGGUCGAUAGUCUGGUGUAUCGCAAACAGGUAUAGUAAGCACACCGCUCUGAAUCUAUCAGCUUGUGCAUUUCAUCAUGAGGCAAGCACGCAACUCCGAGUUUAGCGUAUUGAAGAAGCGUUGUAACGGGCGGACUAAUGCCGGAGCCACUCCGGAUCGGAUCCUACGACUUACCGGAUUACCAUAUCAAUCACUACUGAGCUUCAACAUCUUGGCGCAUAUCAU